AUGAUCAACAUGAUAUCCGAAUGUGGAGUGUCCUCUAUGACAUUUCUUGUUAUUGUAGCAUGUAUCAUACUAUCUACAAUUUUUUGGCGAACCUUCUUCAAGAAAUCACGAUAUCCAUUUCCACCAAGUCCUCCAGGCGAACCAAUAUUAGGACAUAUCCGAUUAGUUCCCACGGACGAUCCGCACUUGUACUAUCAAAAGUUGUCACAACAGUACAACACAGAUAUACUAUAUUUCAAACAAUUUCUUACUCCAGUUGUAGUCUUGAAUACUGUGAAAGCUGCAGAUGAACUUCUUUCUAGGAGAGGAGCUAAUUAUUGUGACCGACCUCGAUUUGUUCUAUUUGAGGUUAUGGGAUGGGGUAGAACCUUGACAUUUCUUCCAUGGGGAUCACGUUUCAAGGCACACAGAACACAUUUACAGACGGCCUUUACGAAGUCCAGUGUCGUACGGUAUCGAGAAGUACAAGAAUAUGAAGCACGUCAGGCUCUGCAUACUAUUACUCAACGGCCGGAUGACUGGGAAAUUGCCUUAAGGAGGUUUGCUUCUGCUAUUGUAUUGAGAGUAUCGUUUGGAAUCACUUUAAAGAAUGAUGAUGACGAGUACAUCAAAAUUGCAGCGGAUGCAAUCAAUGCUACGGGAAGUGGUGGAUCACCAGGAGCUACUGUCAUUGAUUAUUUUCCUUUCCUCGGCAACCUUCCUCACUGGCUCGUUCCUUCGAAAGCCAUAACUCAUGCGAAGAAUUGGGGAUCCGCGAUAAAACGUCUUCAUGAUGUUCCAUUUGCUGCUGCACGCAAGGACUUUAAUAAAGGGGCAGCUCAAAACUCUUCGUACGUAUAUCCUCUGCUUGAAAGAUAUGAGAAAAAUGAGUCCCAUAAUCUACCGAAUGACUUUGCCAUGGAAGAUAUCAAUGGUUCCGCUGCCGCUAUAUUUAUUGCAGGAUCAGACACCACCUUUGCAACGACUUUAGUGGGAAUUUUAAAUUUAUUACUCAAUCCUACUAUUUUUCACAAAGCAAGAAGUCUGCUCGAUCGGACUAUCGGACUAGAUCGUCUUCCUUCAUUAAAGGACAGAGAACACCCAGAUCUUCUCUAUAUCGAACAUAUUGUUCAAGAAAUAGUUAGAUGGCGACCUUUAUCUCCUCUCGGCGUCCCACACAAAAGUCUCAACGAUGACAUCUACAACGAGAUGUUCAUUCCCCAGGGUACGAAUGUAUUUUUCAAUACAUGGGCGAUGAGUCGCGAUGAGACGGUUUACAACAAUCCCGAUUUAUUCAAUCCAGACCGAUAUCUUCCAGUCGAGCAAGGUGGAGCUGGGGAACCGUAUCUCAAAGGACCGUUUGGGUUUGGCCGCAGAAUAUGUGUAGGUCGUCAUCUGGCAUUGGGGAGUGUGUGGAUUGUGUUGGCUACUUUGAUAUCUACGGUUGAUAUUUCGAAGGCGGUGGAUUCGAAGGGGGAGGAUGUUGAGCCGGUGGUGGGCUUUACGACGGGUCUAUCGAGACUGCUUACUGAUUGUUGUUGGUUUAGCCAUCCUCUGCAUUUCGAUUGCAGAUUUACUCCACGUUCGGAAGGAAUGGCUUCUUUGUUGGAUUCUUCUUUGUUGUAG